AUGGCCCAAGACGCAUUAUCAAAUGCAAAUCCCGUCGGCGCUCCGAUACAGCCGUCUUCGAAAGGCCCUGCCGCCGCUCCAAAGCUUAACUCGCAAGAGAUGGAGAUGGGUAACCUUCCUAGCGGCGAUCCGCCCCCGUCCGAACCGGAUAUUAUGCAGAUUGCUAGAGUAGGAGAUAUAGUAGCUAUGGAAAAGCUUUUCGAGUCUUCGGAUCUUGACGCGACUUAUACGGACGACGAAGGCAUCACGCCGCUGCACUGGGCAGCUAUCAACAACCAGUAUGCGAUGUGCAAGUUCCUCAUCGAGAAAGGCGCCGACAUAAAUAAGAAAGGAGGAGAGAGCAUCGCGACGCCGUUGCAAUGGGCCGCCCAACGAUCAAACUACUAUACCGUCAACCUUCUCCUUCAACACGGCGCCGAUCCUCUCAUUACCGACGCCCAAGGUUACAAUACUCUCCACAUCUCGACAUUUAGCGGAAACGUCUUGUUGGUAGUAUUAUUACUACACCAAGGUAUUCCCGUCGAUGUAGCCGAUGCUUAUGGGCAUACGUGUCUCAUGUGGGCUGCGUACAAGGGUUUUCCGCAAUGCGUAGACCUCUUCCUGCGAUGGGGUGCGAGCGUGCAUGCGACCGACGAACAAGGCUUCACGGCGUUACAUUGGGGUCUGGUCAAAGGUUCACCACUAUGUAUACUUAAGCUUCUAGAAUACGGUUCGGACCGCUUCGCGAAGACGGGCACGGGGAAGACUCCAGCGAUAACAGCGAAGGAUCUCAAUACCGUCAACGCCUGGCAUAGAGCCUUGAAAGAAUGCGGUUAUGACGAGGACGGGCAUGUCGUGACUCCCUGGUGGCCUGGAUCGUCUUUCUUCCUCAAGGAUAAGCGCGGGUUUAUGAACAAAUCCUUGUUUCUCUUGCCCGUCCCGCUGCUGUUUACUGAGUUAUUGGUCAUGGCUCACUUGCCUAUAUUAUUGUCUAUACCAAUCGCACUCGUGAUAGGAUUCGGCUUUCAGUGGAUUACGAAUCAGAUUCUCGAAUACGCCCCCCCAGAUAUGCGACAUCUGCACAAAACGCCUUGGCUAGCUGGAAUCUUUGCAGCAUCUUUAUUCUUGGUAGGCGUAAGGUGGAUUUUGACGAUAUUCCCUGCGACAUUUUCGCAACAUCCGCUUCUCAACUUCACAUUUCUCUUCUUCUACAGUUUGACGGGUUACUUUUAUGCUGCGUGCAUGGUAUUUGACCCCGGAUACGUUCCUAAGCUCAACGGGAUCGCCGAACAGAAAGCCGUAAUCGACGACUUGUUAAGUUUGUGGAAAUUCGACGAAUCUAACUUUUGCGUCACAUGCAUGAUUCGGACUCCUCUGAGGAGUAAACACUGCAGGCGAUGUCAACGGUGUGUUGCGAAGCAUGACCAUCACUGCCCCUGGGUAAAUAACUGCGUCGGCGUUAAUAAUCACAGGCACUUCUUCCUCUACCUCGCCAACCUUGUCUUCGGUAUCGUUUCUAUCGACUGGUUACUGUAUUAUUACCUUUCUGAGCUCCCCAAAUCGGCUUCUAAAGGAGAAUGCUUCAUCUUGGCGGAAUCUAUAUGUGCGGUUGUCAAUGGUGAUCCAUAUACAGUACUGCUCGGCAUGUGGACGACGCUGCAGCUUACGUGGGUGGGCAUGCUUAUUUUCGUCCAAUUCGUCCAGGUCGCACGUGCUAUGACCACGUACGAAAACAUGUACGGUGUUCAAGAUGGCUCGGCGUCAUCGUUGGUCUCGGCCUUCACGAGCACCGGAGCGCCCCUCGACCCGAACCAUCCGGAUGCUGCAGUCCCCCCAUCCGCGGCUGCCGACCCGCUAGGAACCGGUAAAGGUGCGCAUGCGCAUAAGCACAAAGGUUUCCUAAAGCAGUGGGGUAGGCUCCUCGGUGUCGACACGUUCAUCGAAACGGCAACAGGUCGGGGCGCUGCUACCGGGAAGACAACGCGGAAGAAGCGUAACCCCUAUAACAAGGGCUUGGUGCAGAACUGUCGCGACUUCUGGUGCGACCCGGCACCAAUAUUCGGGCGUAGGGAGACGGGUGAUGCGAUGUUAAACGGCGAGAGGAUCAACUACACGGAAAUUUACGAGAGUCCAGCUGCAAUGAACCUAGGGCUGGGCGGCGCGGUUUCAAGCGGACGGAGGAGAGGCGGAUAUGAAAGCGUGGCUGGCGACGAGGUGUAA